CGGCGCGCCGCGUCCUCGCCCGCGCGCUCCCAGCCGCGGGACCCCCCCUGCAGGGACCCCGCGCCGAGGGGACCCCUCGCGAGGCCACGACCGAGCGCCGGACCCCCGCAGAGGACCCCCUCUCCUCUGGUGCAGGAGGAAUGCGAGGGCAGCCCCCGCUCCGCCCUCCCCGCUGCCUCUGCUCCAGGAGCGGACGGGGGCCCCGGACCCUGCGUGGCGGCGCGGGACGCGCGCGCGCGGGCGGCACGCGGCGCGCAAUGCGGGUUGCGGGGCCCCGGCCUGGCGCGGUGGCCAGCACGUUCGGGCGCCGAGAUGGAUGGAGGAGCAGAUCAAGAUGUGGUUGAUAAGGAGGUGGAAUCCCAGGUAACUGUGGCUGGACGCGACUGCAACAAGGUUGCGGGUGAUAUGCAAGGAGGUGACUCCGGACUUCUCGACAGGCAGUUGACCGAGUUGGAGACCACCAUCAAAGGAUAUGAUCAUCUGCCCAAAGUGAGGGCCAGCAACGCUGACGGGCUUAACGACGCCAGCGAAGCGAGGCCUUGCAACCCUCCUGUAGAGAGGCCCGAGAAGGCGACUGAGCUUCCGUCACCGGUCAAGGUGGAAGCCGUCCCCUCGCAGGGGUCGCCUGCCGGUGACGUGACGCCAAAGGGGGCCUCUGUGUCGGUCGAGUCGCCCGCUCGGGUCAACUCCCCUCUGCGCCUUCCUAUCAGUAUCAUCCCCGGCCACGCGGCCAAAUCCCUCAGCGGUGUUUCCAACCGUGCCAAGAUGUCUCUGUUCAUCAUGAAGCCUACAGCGACCACCGCGAUGGCCGGUAUGGGCCACAGCAACACACCCUCCAAGCCGGCAGGCACCACCAUGGACGCCAAGCGGGGUCCUUCGGAGGGCCCGCAACAAACGCCUGUCACGGAGCCGGUGAGGGUGAACCGCGCACGGAAGACUCUGCCCAAGCCUACGCCGAGCCAGUGUGAUGGCUUUCCCGUCUGGACCCAACACAAGGUACCGCUCCGGGAAGCAAGCGGACAGAACAAGGAGGCAGCGUCGGUGCCGGCGCCGAUGCCGACGCCGAUGUCGACGCCGACGCCGAUGCCGACACCGGUGCCGGUGCCGGCAGUUGCAGUGUCGGUGGCAGCCGAGGAGGAGCCCGGAAAGAUUAACGAAGUGACGCAUGUUCCGCCGACCGGCCAGGGCAGUCAAGCCACCAACAUCGAUUCGCCCAAAACACCACCAGCACCUCCACCACCACCACGGGACCAGGGAGAACACCUCAACUCCGUCAGCCAGAUCAGGCAGGGGAACUCAACGCACCUCAACAGCCAGACCAGCCAGGCUAGCCAGCCUGGACAAGGCAGCCAGCCUGGACAAGUUAGCCAACCUGGACAAGUUGGCCAGCCUGGCCAGGUCAACAAGCCUACCCAAGUCACCCACUCGCAUAACUCAAGUAACUUCAUCCAUCUGGAGCAAAGUGACCAGUCAAACAAUGUUCAUGCAUACAGCCAGCCCACCCAAGGUGAUCAGUCAAACAAAGUCAGCCAAAACAGCCUGCCGAGCCAAGUCGGCCAGCCCAACCCUAGCCCGGUGAACCAGCUGAAGCAGGCUAGCCCGACUAGGCAGGCCGUGUCCAUCAACAAUGGCACCGAGGUGAAGCCGCCCCCUAAGAGCGGCGAUGGCGCUCAGGCCUCCAGCGAGGCCGCAGGGGGACCCGGCGGACAGGCCCCCGAAACGCCCCCGUCGGACACCGUCGGCCUCGCGGUGGACGGGAAGGGAGCUGCCACCUCCUCCUCCUCAUCGGCCCCUCGCAAGAGGAAAAGGAAGAUGGGGCUGUACAGCUUCGGGCAGAAGAAGAAGGGAAAGCCGAUCCGUCAGCGCACGCUGAUGGAGAUGCUGCAGGGAAAAGUGGCGCAGCCCGAGAGAGAUGGACGCGCAGAGGAGUGUGACCGGGCCUCCGAUGGCGAGAGUGACCGAGAUAUGGCCGACCCCUCGGGCGACGAGACCCAACCACCACUGACGGCGUCUGGUAUGGUCGCAGCACCAACGCCAGCCGUACCGCCCCGCCCAGACACCCACACGGAGCCCUCCCGCCAGCACAACCACGAGGUGGCAACGACCGCAAAAACCGCAACUGUGGCCACAACUGCACCCACGGAACCCGCAACCGCAGAAUCUGACAAUGAAAAGAAAUUAUCGGCGGUGGGAGCGUCGACUAUUGCGUUGAAUGCCGUCGGAGGCGACGCGGGGUCGGAGGUCGCAGCUGCUGCUGCAGUGGUGGGAGCAACAGUUGGAGCGAAGAGAAAAUUGGAGAUGGGAGGAGGAGGCGGCGGCGGCAGUGGCAGUGGCAGCGUGGGCUCCCACACAUCCCAGGAGUCUCGGUCGGGAGGAGCGCAGUCUCUGGACGGCGAUGUUGCAAGCAGCAAGGAGGAGGGCGAGGUGAUGGACGGCGACACGGAGGAUGACGAAGAUGAAGGGGAGGAGUCUGAGAACCACUCGGACGUGAGCUCCGGGUCAAGCAGCAAGCGCAAGCGUGCGGGGGGCAAGCAGAAAGGGGGCAACCCUUGGGUGAAGCCCAACCGACGGCGCAGCCGCGUGGAGCGCCAGAAGUACUUGCAGCGCAGCGGGCAGACAGACGCGUCGACGGCGCUGGCCCCGCCGGCCCCGCCAGACGGAGACAUCAAGGAGAGCUACACGGCCACGGCGCUCAGGGAGCUGCCUGUGCCGACGCACUCGGUGCUGUCCCCGCACACCAAGGAGUCGAGGCGCAGCUCGGACAUGGAGGAGGGGCUGCAGGAGCUGCCCCUGUGCAGCUGCCGCAUGGAGGCACCCAAGAACCGCGAGAUCAGCAAGCUGUCCAGUGGCAAGUGCAUGGCCACGGAGAGCACCAAUGGGCAGUUGACGCGGUGCCUUCGCUCGGUGGCCAAGCAGGAGACGAUGCGGCCAUCGAGCCGUGUGCAGCUCAUGGUGGUGUGCGAGGAGCACCGCGCCAAGAUGAUGACGCACCACUGCUGCCCGGGGUGCGGCUUCUUCUGCUCCACGGGCACGUUCCUGGAGUGCCAGCCGGACGUAGGCAUCUCUCACCGGUUCCACGUGCGCUGCGUGUCGCGCCUCAACGGCUCACUCUACUGCCCGCACUGCGGGGAGGAGGCCUCGUCGGCGCGGGAGGUCACUGUCUCCGCCGCCGACGCCGCUGCCGCUGCCGCCACCAUUACUGGCUCGGCAGCGCAGUCCGUGCGGGCCUUCGACAGCCUGCACAUGCGCCCCGGCGGCACCAGCGCGCGUAUGCGUCCGGCACCCGAGCCGAGCCGUGCCCAGGCGGCGCCACCGGCCGCAGCCGUGAUUUCGGCGAGUGCGGCGCCGGCUUCGGCUCCGUCUGGGAGCGAGGGGGAGGCGCCGCUGAGCGAGGGGGAGGUCGCCGGCCCUGCGACGACCCUCAAGAGCGGAGCGGUGAUCUCGGCGACGGGGCUGCCCUCGGCCGGCAGCAAGGAGCUCCUGGAGCAGGCGCUCAUCACGCUGCACACGGAAAGACCCAAGAAACUUCGCUUCAACCCCAAGCAGUUGUAUCUGGCGUCACGGCUGGGGGAGCUGCAGAAGGUGCUGCUGAUGUUGGUGGAGGGACUGGACCCCAAUGUGGCCAUCGAAGGGCAGAGGAAGAGAACUCCGAUGCACGGGGCGGCCGAGAGGGGCCACGUGGAGGUCCUCCACACCCUCGUGCAGGCGGGCGGCAACAUAGACGCGUGCGACCAGGACCAGAAGACUCCGCUGCUGCAGGCGGCCGAGUCGAACCAGCUGGCGUCGACGCGCUACCUGGUCAAGGCUGGGGCCUACGUGGCUCACAAGGACGACGAGGGGGCCACCUGCCUGCACCUGGCCGCCAAGAAGGGCAACCUAGAGGUGGUGCAGUACCUGGUGUCCACCGGCAAAGUCAAUAUCAACUGCCAGGACGACGGCGGCUGGACGCCGAUCAUCUGGACGGCCGAGUACAAGCACGUGGACGUCGUGAGGCUGCUGCUGUCCCGUGGCGCUGACGUGACGCUGAGGGACAACGAGGAGAACAUUUGCCUGCACUGGGCGGCGUUUGCCGGCAGCGUGGACAUCGCCGAAGAGUUCAUCAAUGCGCAGUGCGACCUGCACGCGGCCAACCUGCACGGCGACACGCCGCUACACAUUGCCUCGCGCGAGAACCACUACGAGUGUGUCGUGCUGCUGCUGGCGCGGGGCGCCAACGUGGACGUGCGCAACAAGGAGGGCGAGACGCCCAUGGAGUGCGCCUCCGUCGACUCGACGGUGUGGCUGGCGCUGCAGAUGAACCGCAAACUGCGUGAGAUCGUGGCCUGCCGGCCCGCUCGCACCGAGCGCAUCCUCACCCGGGACAUCGCGCGUGGCUACGAAAACGUGCCGAUCCCGUGCGUGAAUGGCGUCGAUGAGGAGCCGCCGCCCGCCGACUACAAAUACCUGGCCAAGAGCUGCGAGACGUCUCCUAUGAACAUCGACUGCAACAUCACGCACCUGCAGCACUGCAGCUGUGGGGACGAUUGCUCGUCCAGCAACUGCCUGUGUGGGCAGCUCAGCAUUCGCUGCUGGUACGACAAGGAUGGGAGGCUGCUGCCCGAGUUCAACAAGAUUGAGCCGCCACUCAUCUUCGAGUGCAACCACUCGUGCAGCUGCUGGAGGAGCUGCAAGAACCGGGUGGUGCAGCACGGGAUCAGGGUGCGCAUGCAGCUGUACCGCACUGCCAAGAUGGGCUGGGGCGUGCGUGCUCUGCAGGACAUCCUGCCCGGCACCUUCAUCUGCGAGUACGUGGGCGAGAUAAUCUCGGAUGCCGAGGCGGAUGUUCGCGAGGAUGACUCGUACCUGUUUGAUCUUGACAAUAAGGACGGAGAGGUGUACUGCAUCGACGCGCGGUACUACGGGAACGUGAGCCGCUUCAUCAACCACCUAUGCGAGCCCAACCUGGUGCCAGUGCGCGUCUUCAUGUCGCACCAGGACCUUCGAUUCCCUCGCAUCGCCUUCUUCAGCAGCCGCCACGUGCUGGCCGGAGAGGAGCUCGGGUUUGACUAUGGCGAACGGUUCUGGGACAUCAAAAGCCGCUACUUCACGUGCCAGUGCGGCUCGGAGAAAUGCAAGCACUCCGCCGAGAUGAUCGCUCGCCGCCACGCUCAGGCCGAGGCAUCCGGCCUGCCGGGUCUCCUGGAUGGCAGCGGCGGUGGCACCCCACCGGCCCCACCGCCGCCACCGCCAAUCCCCGCCGCCCCCAACCGCGUCGCAGCCACUCCGUCGCCUCCCGUCUUCGGGCCGCAGAGUGAACAUUUUGCGAGCGCGCUCAACAACGUGCACACGUACGCACGCACGGGGUCGCCCGUGAAUUCCUACGGGUCGCACAGCACGCACAGCAACCCGCCACAGCGCCAGCCGCCCGCCACCUCCGCGGCCAGCCCCGGCCACAACGCCCACCCGGCGGCGGCGGCGGCGGCCGUGCUGUCCCCGCCGCCACCGCGUGCCGUGGCCUCCCCUCGCGACGACACUCACCCCACCGCCAUCGUGCCGCCUCCGCCGCCGCCACCACCGCCGCCGCCGCCACCGCCGCCACCGCCCCUGCACUGAGGGCCGCCCGGCCGUCGAGCCGGCAGGGUGGGCACCGAGGUGGACGCCCCCUCUCCUCCCCGCGUCAUCGUCAAAACCCUGCGUCUAGCCCAGACUACUCGUCGUUGCGUGCUCUGCUCUGUGUCACGCGUGUAGCGCAGGGCCAGCGAGUCGUCGUCAUCAUGUUGGUGGUGGUGGUAGUGGCGUUGGUGGUGGCGGUGGCGGUGCUGGACGCGGACUUUGGCGCUGGCUCGCUGCCUGCUGCAUGUGCUCCGAGUUGAAUCCCGCACCCACAGGAGAUGUCCUGGGAACUCCAGCUACGGUUAAAGCUCACCGUUGUCCGUGGGUCUUGAACGCCACUCUGCGUUCCAAAGAGCUCUUGCCCCGGGAAUUGACACGCAUGGCCCCGGGGCCCCUCAUACAAGGUCCGCGUGGAGCAGGUGGAGUGGCCAGUCGGGCUGGAUCAACUCCACGCCGGAAGCCGGUUCCAUUGCUGUGCCCUCCAGAAAGCAUCUCCCUCACUCAUGCGAGGGUUUAGCUCUAUUUGAGGCCUGACCCCCCCCCCUUCCCCGUAGGAGUGCACUAACGUGUGGAUAGUGUUAGGUUGGACCGGACGGCUUUCGCCGUGAGCUGUGUGUCAGGUCAGUGACGCCCCGCUGCGCCCGCUCGGUGCUACGGUCCCUUGUGCUGCGUUGUUCGUGAGCGAACCGAAUGAUGCGAUUGGCUGGGAUUCAUUGGUGAGGAGGUGACGGAUGGGAGUCACUGGGGGCUCUAUCCCCCCCCUCCUUCGUGCCCCUCCCCCCGAGUCCUCGUGUCAAACCGGUCGCUUGCGCUCGCAAUGAAAGCCGCAACGCACGCAGAGCGGUUUUACGCAUCGGAACCGCUCAUGGCUCGUCGAGCAGUAUUCGUCCCCUGGAGCGCCACGUUAGAAUCCCCCGGUGGGUUCCGCUGAACCCCUCCGGCGACUGCGCCGACCAUUCCAGGAGAUGGCCCCCCCCCUCCGCCCCCCCACAAUCACACUCCCCUCUGGCGUGCCCGCAUGAUGGGUCCGGAUUAAAUAUAUUUUGAAUCUAUUUAAUGUUUGUAGGAUUUUGGCGACACCAGUGGAGUACCUCCUCUAGCCUGAUGGAUGACGCAGGGAGCAGCGAAUGCUCCCUGUGUUGAUGUGGACACCCCCCCCCCCCCUUUUUACGCAGCGGGCGUCGAUGACGAAUGGCACCAUUUUAUUGCGACGAAGAAGAUGGUGACGUGUUUUUGUCUCCCCGUGGUGUCGGUGAGGUUUGGUUGGGGCUCGGGCACUGCGGCUCGGGUUAGCGAUGUGUUUUGGCGGUAGGAUCGAUGCGAGCUUUUUCGCGUUGCAUUACUGCGCCACUUGAUCCAACGCGAGACUGGAGUCGGAUUCUGCCUCGGCUCGGAUUCUUCUCUCCUGGAUUCAUUUCCGGAAAGGUUGAGUGAGGCGCAGGGCUAAGGGCACAGCCCUGACCCCAGCCCCUCCUCAUCCUCGUGUGUGUGUGCGUGUGUGAGACUUGAGAGCGAAUACUGUGUGCGUGUCAUCGUAUGUUUGCGACCGACUGUGUGGAGCGGUAGUGCAGUGGGUUAAGACGCUCCACUACAAACCUUGCGAUUCCCACUCCCGGCCAUCAGUGAAGAUUAUCUGAACCGAUUCUAAGCCUCCCCUAGGUCUACUCGGCCUCAAAUGAGUACCUGGUGUGGUGUAUAAACAUCUGCACUAGGGAGGCGAAGGCCGGCUGGGCGUAGUGCUGGCCACCCACCCCCUUGUCUGCUGUACCGGCCUUCGUACCCUGCUCACUUGACAGCACUUGCUCCUACACUGUUAAGGCGACACGGGAUAUCGUUGUCUUUGUGCGUUUGUAACUGGGAGCGUUCAUACGUGAUAACAGAGCAUGUAUGUCCGAGUGUGAGCAACUGUGGCGUAAUGUUAUAAUGGGGGGGGGAGCUCUGUGUACGUGUCAGGCUGUCUUAAGACCGUGUGUGUAAUGAGUGGUGGUGCAAUCAUUAGCGCGCUGCGACCCCGGCAGCCAUUUGAUUUCGGGCCACGGCCAACAUGGGUGUUGAGUGAUCUCUAAACUGAUCCUGGGCGUCCCCUAGGUCGAUUUAUCUUUAAAUAAGCACCUGGCAAAAUUUGUAAAAUGUUAGUACUGCAGACAAAAGGGUGGCCAAUUCAUGGACAGGGGCACACCAUCCCAUUUUGCUCUGUGCCGGCCUUAAUAUAUUCUCGCAAACAAUACUUGUCCACCCGGUCUGUUAAAUGCAAGAAGGGGCAUGAUGGUUUUUAUAUUUGUGUAGAAUACGAGUAAGAUACGCUUGCACUGAAGUGUGUGCGUGUUUACGGUAGUGUAGUGGUUAGCGCGCUGCACGGCAAACCCAGCAACCCCAAUUUGAUUCCCGCUCAUGGCCAACACAAGUGACGGAUACCUGAACCGGUCCUGGGCCUCCCGUAGGUCGACUCGGCCUCAAAUUGUUACCUGGUACAGUGUGUAAACAUCGCCACUGGGGGAGACAGACAGCCGGGCGCGGUACUAGCCAGCCACGCCUCGUGUCUUGUGUGUCGAGGUGUGCGCAGAGUUCAUGAUUUUGCUGUGCGCUCACACCCCCCUGCGCUUGCAUCCAGAGCCGUGUUUCCCUGCUGCACGCUCCGCUCACCUUGGCUCUCGUACCGCACGCUGCAACCCAAAUGUUGCGUUUCCCAGACGUUUUGAAAUCCGGCCUUCGUCGCAGGCGCGGUGACGGCUCUCAGUUGUCCAUGCGUCCACACAUUCCUGCGCUUUGGCUGAUAGGACCUGGUAUAAAGAUGGGGGGGGGGGGGGGGGGGGGUGCAAAAUGAGUAAUGAAGCGGUCUGAUUUCGUCUGUCGUGAGUUCUACUUUAGGUGGCAUCUCCUGUGUCUAUGGGGAUGAAAUAUUUUACCAGCAUUUUUACUUGACUAAGAAUUUAGGGGGGUACUGUGCGAUCAGUAGGGGAGACUCGGUCCCCACCAUCACACCCAACCCUGCUUGUGUUCCUAACGUCGUGCAACACUGAAACACACUUCUCUCAGUUUCACAACUUGGUUGCAAGCAACUGAAAUUCUCGUAUGUGGCCGGCUCUGCAACCGGUUGCGAACAGCAGCGCAACCGGUUGUGAUCCGCACGGCGAUGUGUAACGAAGUAUUUCAUCACCAUGUGACGCUUUCGCAAACUGUGAUUGGUUGUUACAAUCCCGAAUGACACGCCGUUUCAUUUUGUCGCGCACCUACUCGCCCGGAUUUGGACACAGCGGUUGCAGGCGAUUGAUACGAUUGCGCGCUGUGGUUUGUGCAACCGUUCGUGAUUUUAUUGCAGGAGGUUAGUGCGUGUUAAGAUGGUGGUAUUGGUAAGAUUCAGGACUCAGCCCAGAGCCAGACCCACUCCGCUGCUAGCUACCCUGUCUGCGUGGACCAGCACGCGGGCGAGCGAGCGAGCCACGUUAAAUAGUUUUUUUAUGUGCGUAUGCAUUCGACGAUGACAUGGCAGGCGCGUGCUGUUGCACAGACAUCUGCCGCUUGAAUGAUCUGGAUCUGCAGGCGUUGGUUAAUGGUAAAAUGUGGAUAAUGUCACAAUUGUUUUAAUGUCAAUAAAACCCUCACCGAUCAUUUUA